AUGGCUAUGUCCAAUGCAGAAAUGACAUCCGAAUUGAAAGAUUUGUUCGAUGUGUUAAAGCGUAGUGAGCAAGCCAAUUUGAAGGUUAUGAAAUGUACUAGUAAUGACAUGGGCGGCCAAAGGAAAUGGUACAAGGAGACACUCAAGGCUGCUCUCAAGCACAGAAGCAUCGACACCAAUGGCUGGGAGGAGCAAGCUGCUGACCAUUCAGUGUGGCGCCACUUGGUCCACCACAGGACGCACCACUUCAAGGCCCAACACUCGAUACUGAGGCAGAACAGCGGAGGAACGAGGAGACCAAGUCGGAGCUGCAAAUCCCACUCUCCCGUGCAACAACAUGCCGCCAUUGCCAAAGAAAGUGUGCAUACAGAAUCGGGCUCCUCAAUCACCCGAGGACCCAUCAAGCAGACAGACAGCAUCCACGACUCCGAAGGACUGCUAACAACGAAGGUGGGGAAGGGCGCAGGGCUGCACUGCCCCAAGGCUCAGGCCCCUCAGCUUCCCUGGGGUCUGCCCACAGGCACGCAGGCCAAGCUAAAUGCCUUUGUGCGCCAUGCUCAGGCACCAGGGCCACGCAGAUUGCUCUGCUUGGCACGCAGGCUGGAAGCGACACCCGCACCCGCGCCUGCACCCUCCUACAGCCAACCCAGCACCUCCUCCGCCUGCGGCUCGUUAGGGUCAGCGCAUGCGCAGUCCACACCCCCGCCCCGCCACUGUCUAGCGACACCACCACUCCGUGACCGGGGGCACGACCUGACCCCAUCAGGUCUCGCGAGCGUUGAGGGUUUCCAGAAACAUACAGCCUUUGUUACUUUUCCCAAUGAAAAUGCAGCUGCAAAGGCUUUGUCUAGAUUGCAUCAGUUGAAAAUUUUAGGUCACACCUUAGUUGUUGAAUUUGCAAAGGAACAAGAUAGUGUUCAUGUACUUAGCCAUCCUGCACCCUCAGAGAAGAGCAAAAGUUUAGAAGAACCAGUAAAAGAAGAAAAAGAAAGGAAAGAGCCAAGCUUUCCUAUAAUAGAGAAUGGAAUUGCUCCGAGCCAUGGGCUCACGUUUCCUAUAAAUUCUUGCCUCAAAUACCUUUAUCCACCACCUUCAAGUGCAAUCCUAGCAAAUAUAGCACAUGCUUUGGCAAGCGUGCCAAAAUUUUAUGUACAGGUGCUUCAUUUUAUCAAUAAAAUGACCCUCCCCCCGCCAUUUGGACCAAUUACUGCUCGACCUCCAAUGUAUGAAGAAUAUUUGCCAGUGCCUGCGCCACCUCCCCCAAUCCCACCACUGCCUCCCGAGGAACCUCCUUUGCCUGAAGAGGAGGAAGAUCAAGUAACUAGCGGUGAAGAGUCAGAAUAUGAAAGUGAUGAUGAGGCAGAAAAAAAGAGAAUAACAAAAUUAAUGGAAUUAGCAACCCUUCAACCUAAAAGACCAAUAACCACAAAGAGGCGUGGUGUGAGAAAAAAGCGAAAAAUUAAAGACUUACUGAAUGUCCCCCCACCGGCUUCCCACAGUAAUUUGCACCCUGCACUAUCACCUUCAGAUGUGUUUGAACAACUCCAACCUGUAGGCCAUAAAAAAAUAGAGUUUCAUAUUACUGCAGACAUCCCAAUUGUUCUUCAGAAAAGCUUGGAGAGAGAACAAAACAACGACCUCCUUGUAAGCACAGAAGAAAUCAGCAAUGCAGGGUUUGGCAAAAUCUUCCCAGCUCCUAGCUCAGAUGAUAAAAUGGAGACCGAAGAUGAUGACGAUGAAGAUAUGCCAUCAGAAUUUAUUUCUAGACGGGAACUAGAAAAAAGUAGGCUUUCUAGAGAAGAAAUGGAAAGACUUUCUGUUUUCAAAAAUUAUGAACCAGGUGAUCCAAAUUGCAGGAUUUAUGUGAAGAAUUUAGCUAGACAAGUUCAAGAAAAGGACCUCAAGUUUAUUUUUGGAAGAUACAUUGAUUUUCAGUCAGAAACUGAACGAAAUAUGUUUGAUAUACGCUUGAUGAAAGAAGGCCGCAUGAAAGGACAAGCUUUUAUUGGACUUCCAAAUGAAAAAGCAGCUACUAAGGCUUUAAAAGAAGCAAAUGGAUAUGUUUUGUUUGAAAAACCUAUGGUGGUUCAAUUUGCUCGAUCUGCUAGACCAAAGCAAGACUCCAAUGAAGGGAAAAGAAAAAAAUAGAAUAAUACUAAGGGUCCCUUUUGUGUUCCAUAUCUUUCAAGUGCUAUCCAGCUGUGGGAAGAAGCAGUGUGUUCAACAGGAGCAUGGAACAGUGCGUAGUAACAUUUCAAAUGCAUUUAAAACAGAACAUAUUUAUGUUCUUUUAAAAUGCUUUUAAACCAACCGCAGUCUAUCAGAAGACUUGCAUGAAAAAUGUAUGUUAGCCUGCUUGUUAAAUCUCUAAUAAAUUAUUCCUUGCUCUUCA